AUGACCGACCUCAGAGGAGAGCCUGCCCACUCCAGUUUCUGGUCCACCUACAACGGCUCCGCCCAUCUAGCCAACAGACUGGGCACGACGACUAUGGACUCUGGCUUCCACAGCUCGGCGUCGGCAUCCCCUCUCCCAGGCCGCCCCCGUAGCGGCCAUGAGCAGCCUUACCCCUAUGGGCGUUAUUCCCAGGAAGACUCUGUCGCGUAUGAUCGACACCCACAGCCGAGCCUGUCCGCUCAGCAUGGCUACUCCGGCCUGAAGAGACCUUUCUCGCAGACUGAACCGGCAGCCUAUCAGGAAAUCGUUCAAGACCUGCGGGAGGACGGCUCUCGACUGACGGUGAACCAAGAUCACAAGCUUUUGGCUUUCAGACGAACGCAAGAUAAGCACACCAUCGUGGAUCAACAAGGUCGGAUGCAGCAGCUGGAGCUCUCGGCCCAGCUCCAUGGCAUGUUCUUUCUUUCCGAGAUGCCAUCGACUGCCAGCGACGGAACUGCCCUUCAGCCCGAAUUGACCUGCUACCGAAGAAACCUGUUCCAGAUCAGCGGCUCUCUGAUUACCCCCCGGGGACAGCUCUCCGUGGUUAACGAGAGCAAUGAGACGCUCCCCGUGUCCAGUAUGGAGGUCGCCAUCUCCGCCAUCGAGUCUGUAGAUGGCAACCCUGUUCGUCUUAUUGUCAUCCCGUGGAAGACCCCUCCACCGAAUGCCCCCGAAAUCAACCAGAGCCCGGAUCAGGAGCCUGCCGCCCUCCCUUUGAUCCCUUUCCAGGACGAUGGAUCCGAGCCUGAUGGAGACUACGCCGUCUAUCCCAUUGGCUGGCGUCGCUUGCAGUUCAGAAUCGCUACAGCAAACAACGGUCGACGAAAGGAGCUCCAGCAGCACUUUGUGCUUCACCUCAAGGUGUUUGGAACCUUGUCCGACAACUCCAAGGUUGUCUUGACAGAAGCCACGACGGCUCCUAUUGUAGUACGGGGCCGCAGCCCUCGCAACUUCCAGGCCCGUAAAGAGAUUCCCCUGCUCGGCUCGAGUGCCGGAUCAAGGGGCCAGGCUCUAGUAGAAACUGGCCUGGGGGUUGUCGCUGGAGCUUUGAGCGUCAAGCCUCAAGAGCUCAAGAGAAGUGUGGACAUUCAAGUACCGCGCUCGAGUUUCACCUUUAGUUCUCCCAAAGUCCCGGGAAGUGGACAGCUGAGCUCACUGAGGUCCAAUCAAUAUUCGGCAUGGAGUGCAAGCAGCAGCAAUGCCUCCAUCCCCCAGGUCGCCUCAUCUGGUACGGGCAGCUAUCCUGCGGCGACAAUGGGCACCGAUUCAUACCCCAAAGUGCCCAUCUCGGGCGCGUCAAACUACACAUCAGACCCCCAGGAUGUGGCGCUGCAGUCCUCGAUACCACCGCUGCCUCUUUCGAUGGGGGCAAGUGAGCAAUCGUCAUCGGCUCGCGGGCAGUACACCUACGUGCAACAGCCAGCUUCGGGCUCCCAGCUGCCACCUAGCACGAGCACACCAGCGGUUGGCGGUCAUGCAGAUAGCGCUCUGAGCGUUCCCAGAUAUGUCGACAACGGCCGACCAAACAAGAGUCCACGCCAGAGUGGCCAGCAAUCCGUCCACGGCGCCAAUUCCAUCAGCAGCAGCGAAUCGCCCGAGUACCGAUACGGAUCGUCUACGCAAGCUCCAGCCUCGUCUAGGGAAUACUACCCGCCGUCACAAGCAUGGUCUACCACGACGGCUGGGGAAACUAGUUCGAGCACAGCCUACGCCAGCACCGACGCACGACCGUACCCAUUUCCUCAUGAGCCGUACAAGCCGGGGACAGCAGCUGGCUCCUCAGUCAAGACCGAGUCGCGGGCGCCUUUUGAACCCAUGCACAACUACUCCUGGCAUGGUAAUUAA